AUGUGGCGGCGCGUAGCCUCAGCAAGUGGCGACUCCUACCCUCUGAUAUGCCUGUCCCAGCAUGUGGCCCAUCAACACCUAAUGAUGGACACCAUCAGCACAUCAUGGGAGACGAUAGUCCUGGGCGCAGGCCAGACCCAGGCCCACCAGCUGGCAAUUAUGGCAAUCCAAAAGCCUCCAAAAUAUCCCCCUUUCAACGAGUCAUUCCGCAUCAUCCGCCUAUCAGUUGAUAUUUCCCACAGCUCAAGUUAAAUUAAGUUUAUUAUGUUUUUGGAGCCGAGGGUACGGAUACCCCAAGCAUUGGAGAAAGCGGAAAAGUCGGAACCCAUUACAACGGAAAGGUUCUUAAGGUAUGCAAACAUAUUUUACCUGUCCAUAGGAAUGGAGGCCUACGACCAUCAGGGGCGCCGAAAGAUGAUCGAGCUCAUUCUCCGCUGUAUAUUUAUCGCACUCAUCUUGAACCUGAAUGCCGUGCUCCUUUCCGAAUUGAUUUAUGUAUUCCUGGCGAUUGGAAAGGGCACAAACUUCCUGGAGGCCACGAUGAAUCUAUCUUUCAUUGGCUUCGUGAUCGUUGGGGAUCUCAAGGUGUGGCACAUCUGGCGGAAGAGGGAUCAACUCACCAAUGUCGUGCGGGAGAUGGAGAAGCUGCAUCCCAAGGAGGAGCAUCACCAGAAGGCCUACGACGUGGAAAGUCAUCUGAGUGGGUAUAGUCGCUACAGCAAGUUCUACUUCGGCAUGCACCUGGUGCUGAUCUGGACGUACAACCUCUACUGGGCCGUCUACUAUCUCGUCUGCGAUUUCUGGUUGGGCAUACGCCAUUUCGUGAGGAUGCUCCCCUACUACUGCUGGGUUCCAUGGGACUGGAGCACCAACUCCAGCUACUAUCUGAUGUACGUGUCCCAGAAUAUGGCGGGACAGACGUGUCUUUCAGGACAACUGGCCGCCGAUCUGAUGAUGUGCGCUCUCGUCACUCUGCUGGUGAUGCACUUCAUUCGCCUGGGCCGUGGCAUCGAGGAGCAUGUGGCUGGGUUACUAACACCGCAACAGGAUCUGGAGUUCCUUCAGGCAGCUGUCGUCUACCAUCAGCGGCUCCUGCAGCUUUGCCACAACAUCAACGAGAUCUUUGGCGUGUCACUGCUCUGCAAUUUCGUGUCCUCUGCAUUUAUCAUCUGCUUUGUGGGCUUCCAGAUGACAAUUGGUGGAAAGAUCGAUAAUCUAGUGAUGCUUGUACUCUUUCUGUUCUGUGCCUUGGUACAGGUCUUUAUGAUCACCACCUACGCACAGCGAUUGCUUGAUGCGAGCGAGCACAUAGGUGAAGCUGUCUACAAUCACGACUGGUUCCAGGCAGACCUUCAUUAUCGGAAAAUGCUGAUUUUUAUGGUAAGGCGAUCCCAACAGGCUAGUCGCCUAAAGGCCACCAUAUUUCUCAAUGUAUCGCUGGUCACAGUCUCAGAUCUCCUACAAUUAUCCUACAAAUUCUUUGCCCUUUUGCGGACAAUGUAUGUGAAGUAGUUCAGUCAGACCAAAGACAAUAUAAAUAGCGAGAUGAGUAACGUCUCUCGUGUGACUCAUGUGGCAGCAGCAAGCAUCUUAGCUAUGACUGCCUCUAUGUGUUAGGCCGGCCGUCGAAACAUACCCUUUAGUUUAGUACAUUUCUCCUUGGUCAAACUUCCUUGGGAGAGUGUGAGGACUGAUGCCCCCACUAAGCAGCAUGUGGCAGUGACAAUACGAGCAUGGAAGCGGAAUCCACCAAAUCAUCGUUCGGCAAUAACUUACGCGAAUUGCCGCAAAGAGUUGUGGCUUCUAAUUAAACUAAACCGAGUAGACGGGUGGCAAUGAGUAGCGCGAAUCGGACUUAACAUGGCAACGUAAAUGGGGAAUCGAAGAGCGGUCAUUUAACCACAGAAGCAAUGAUUAA